AUGUCUCUCUACGUCGACAAACCGGAUACGAUGCAGAGCGAAGUGGUGCACAUCCUGGCUUCUGAUCUCGUGCCAAACGCUAUCUAUAAACUUGUCCUUCGACUGAGACACAAAUUUGGAACUCAUAUGUCGUUCGCUGUCUUCAAAGCCGAUUCGGCUGGUAAAAUCGAUGUGCCCAGAGCGAAACCGCUUAGAGGAACGUAUGACGAAGCAGAUGCGAUGGGACUUUUUAUGAGCGUGCAGCCGUGUGAUGAUUUCCCGUACGGUGCUUACCUUAAGUGCACUCCACCAUUGCCAUUCAUCUACAACUUAAUUCUACUUGACUCUUCUUGUCGCGAAUUAGCAAUGUUACCCAUCAAAAAACAUUGGAUGCAUCCAAAACUGGAGCGAACGGAAAUUGAAGAAGAUGGAUUUUGCGCAACUCUCUUCAAACCACCAGGCGGGUUAUCCUGGCCUUUUAGCUCACGAUUCAGUUCCACCCUUUGCUCAGCUGUGCAAUUUAAGGGUUCCAUGCUAGCAUCCGAAGGUUUUGUGGUUCUAUGCGUCGCAUUCUUCCAAUACAAAAAUCUUGUUGAAACAUUGGAAGAAGUGGAAGUGGAGUACUUCAAAAAACCCAUAAACUGGUUGAAGCGUCAAACCUUCACAAAUGAUCGUCUUGGAAUUCAAGGUGUUUCAUUUGGUGGAACUAUUGUCACGAUACUGGCGUCUCGUUAUUCACAGAUCAAUGCUGUAGUUUCAAUAAAUGCUCCACAUGUGCAAAAUGACUAUGUAAAUCUGUUGGAGAACGGGAAACUACUUCCGCAUACAGUACUUCCCGUUCAAUACGCUUACUUCGUGAACGGAAUCGCGGCCACCGACAAGAUUAUUCAACACGUAGAGGUAAACGACAUCGCCGAAAUUCCAUGGCAUCGCAUACCAGAGACUACCUCGUUUCGAUUAGUGGCAUCCGUUGACGAUCUCGUGUCAUCCUCUGUCUUCUGCAGCCGAUACGUCUCAAAGCGGUUGGUCGAAACAGAGCAUAAUGUGGAAGUUCACCUUGUCAAUGGAGGCCAUAUCAUGGAGCCCCCAUACUUUCCGCAUCAUGACAAGGUAUACGCCAAAUUCCAAGGUUUCUACUGUGGCUACGGUGGAGAUGUUGUCCUGCACGGUAAAAGCCAAGAAGUUUCAUGGGCCGGCACGAUUGAUUUUUUCACAAGAAAACUAGGACAGCCAGCAGUUCUGCCUGAAUGGAAACGUUUACAGCAUGAAGAUAUUAAAAUCAGGAUGAGGAGUGUUAUACCGUUAUGGGAAGAAGAAGAGCUUUGA